AUGAUGAUGAAAAUUCUACCUUCUCAUCAUCACCACUCUAAGAAAUUUCACAUGUUAAAUUAUACAUCAUCAACAACAACUGUUGGCAUUAUUAUUGUGGUGCUUUUUAUGCUACUUAUUAGUAUGCAUCUAAUCACUUGUAGUUUUACUUGUAAUUUUAUUGACGAAUCAGAUACAUUGAAUGUUUGUUCAGGAAAUGGAACAUGCAUAGCCGAUGAUGAAUGCCAAUGUAAUUCUGGCUUUUUGGGCAAUAAUUGUGAAUAUGUACAGUGUUUUGGAAUAAGUAAUGAGAUGGUACAACAAGUGUGUAAUGGGCAUGGUAUUUGUAUCGGGCCAGAUGUUUGUUUAUGUGACUAUAAUUAUCAAGGUGAAUCAUGUAACCAAACCAUACCAACACAACCAACACAACCUACGACGAUAACAUGUUUUGGAGUGGAAAAGAAUACGCCAAAUGUUUGUUCAGGUAGAGGAAGUUGUUCCCAACAAGAUUUGUGCUCUUGCUCAGCUGGAUUCAAUGGACAUAGAUGUGAGAAGGACAUUUUCGCUGGUUACAAACUGGUUUCGAGCUCAAAUUUGAUUAUUGCUAAAAAUUCAGAGACAAAUGUAAAUUUAACAGCCAGUAUUGCAGCUACAGAAAUAGUCCUCUCCUCAAUUUAUGGCUACGAACCAGUAGCUUACAUUCCACAAGGACAAGCCACUAUUACCACAAUCGAUCCAAAUGAUUUGAAUAACUUUGCUGGAUUACUCUACAAUGAGACUGAAAAGAAGGUUAUUGAAUUGUUUUCUCUUCCGUGUACUCAACAAAUUUCAAAUCCAGAUACAGAUAUGAGUCGAUUGAUUGUUGUAAAACAUGGUGGUGUCUAUUGUAUGGAUCAAGGUUGGAGAGUUGAUGGUCAUACUUUUGUAAUUGUUGGAACUGAGACUGUAGUUUUCAAAUUACCAUUUGCUGUCUACACACAAGCCACCUUUUACUAUUUGGAAUGUGCUUCAUAUAGAAAUGUAUUUUGGAUAACCUAUGAUGGACAAGUGGAGAGAACAUCAUUUUCAGGAAAUGUUCAUGGUACUAUUAUUGGAAUUGAAUCAGGUUUUGAUGUUUCUGAUAUUGUUUAUGGAUCUGUAUGGUAUUGGGGAAGAUCCUCUCAAAUUAUGCUUUUUGAGGCAACAUUUACUGAGCCAAUAACUUUCAAUCAGGAGGAGCCAUACUUUAGAGAUGAAUGUGCCAGAACUUAUUGUUUUGGAAUUAUAUCGAGUGAUAAUUCCAGUUGUAAUGGAAGAGGACUUUGUGUUGCCAAUAAUACGUGUCUCUGUAAUGAGGAAUCUUAUGGCGACGAGUGUUCAUUCUAUGCAUGUAAUGGAAUUACUGGAGAUGGAUUUGGAGUUUGUACUGGACACGGAGAUUGUAUCGCCACAGACACUUGCUCCUGUCGUGAUAAUUAUAAUGGAACUUGGUGUGAGUGGACUACAUGUGCUGGAAUACCAAAUACUGAAUCAGAAGUUUGUAAUAGCAGAGGUUUAUGUUUGGAUCACGAUUCUUGUUCAUGUGAUCCCCAAUUUGGAUAUGGAGGAGCAAAUUGUGAUAUUCCAGUUUGUAAUGGAGGUGUUGGAACUUGUACAGGAUCUAGAGGUGUUUGUACAGCUCCUGAUGUUUGUUUAUGCUCUCCUGAAUUCUUUGGUGAGUUUUGUGAAAAAUCAUUUUGUUAUGGUAUUGCCUCAAAUGAUAGUUCUGUAUGUUCUGGUGGUCAUGGUACUUGUCUGAAUACAGAUACAUGUGUUUGUCAUGAUGGCUACAUGGGAACUUUAUGUGAUGGUUUCACAUGUAUGGGCUUUACCAAUAAUGACUCUGCAGUUUGUUCAGGAAGAGGAUCAUGCAUUGAUGCCAACAUGUGUCAAUGUAAUAAUGGAUUUACUGGUUCUAAUUGUGAAAUUUCAACUUGUUAUGGUAUUUCCAGUAUUAACUCUUCAUUUGUUUGUAGUGGAAAAGGAAUUUGUACUGGUGUUGAUACUUGUGUGUGUCAAAAUAAUUACACUGGUUACAUGUGUCAGGAAACAACAUGUGAUGGUAUUGAGUCAACCAAUGAAACCGUUUGUAAUGGACACGGCUCUUGUUUUCCUAAAGACAAAUGUAAUUGUCUUAUUGAAUUCGUUGGAGAAAAAUGUCAAUAUCCAACUUGCUUCGGUAUUUCAGCACUAAAUGAAAGUGUUUGUGGUGGAAGAGGAAAUUGUACAGAAUUGAAUGAAUGCAAUUGUACAGAGAAUUAUUUGGGAGAGGAAUGCCAAUUGACAACUUGUAAUGGAGUACCGUCAAAUAGUUCCUUCACUUGUGGAGCACAUGGACAAUGUCUUGACUUUGAUACUUGCCAAUGUGAGGAUUAUUACUUAGGAUCUUUUUGUGAAGAAUUUGAAUGUUUUGGAGUGUCAACCCAUUCUUCAUCUGUUUGUUCAGGAAGAGGUACUUGCUUAGCUUUUGACAGCUGUGCUUGUAGUCCAAGUACAUUUGGUGGAAAUUGUGAAUUUACUCGUUGUAAUGGAACUAUCAAUACAGAUCCACAUGUGUGUAAUGGAUUGGGUUCAUGUAUUAACCCUGAAGUUUGUGUUUGUGUUCCAAAUUAUUUUGGUGAUUUUUGCGAAGUAACAACUUGUGGUGGAGUUCCAUCCAAUUCCUCAAACGUUUGUAAUGGGCAUGGUAGUUGUAUUUCAUUUAAUACAUGUAUCUGUGAGGAGCUUUUUGCUGGAGCCACAUGUGAAAUGUUUCAAAACGAUAUAUUUGCAGGAUACAAAUUAAUUAGUACGAAUCCAGUUUUGGUCAAGACUAAUCCUUCCAAUUAUGCUCUCCUCAAUGCCUCAAUGUUGAUUCCUUCAAUGAAUGCCAGCUCGGGUCAAUACAUUUAUAUAUCCAAUAAGAAUGCAGUAAUUACCAAUACUAAUUCAACGAUGGGAAGUUGGAUUCUCAGUAAGGCCAUGUUACAAGUUAAUUCUUUAGAAAAAUUAGCAUGUACUGUGAAUGUAACUAAUCCAGCAACAUAUUUUGGGACUAAAAUUGUCAUCAAACAUGGUGGAGUUUAUUGUUUCCAAUCAUCCAGUUGGACAUUGACUUCAAGUCAACAAUUUAUUAUUAUUGGAACAGAGCCUGUAAUUUUCAGAGCGAAUACAAUCACUUCCACUGGUCCUUCAUUCACAUAUCUUGAAUGUGCGUCAUUUAGAAAUGUUUUCUGGUUCACUUAUGGUGUAAACUCUACAACUUCAACUUUUAACGGAACUGUUCAUGGAACUGUAAUAGCCAAAGGUGGAAGUUUGAGUAUUGGUGGAAGUGUUCAAGGUACUGCCUGGUAUGUUGCCAAUACUAACACGUUCAAUCCAACUUUGAUUAAUGCAAGAUUUGCUACUCCAACCACCUUCUCACCAUUUGAUCCAUACAUAACAUCUUCUUGUGAUUAUACCACUUGUUACAAUAUUAAAUCAACUAAUGGUUCAGUAUGUUCUGGAAAGGGUUCCUGCACUGAUUUAGAUACAUGUGUUUGUCAAACAAACUCAUACGGAACUGAUUGUUCUCUAUACAAAUGUAACGGUAUUCUAAGUAGCUCUGCAUUUGUGUGUAGUGGACACGGAGAUUGUGUUAAUCCAAAUACAUGUUCUUGUGAUUUACAUUACAAUAAUACUUAUUGUGAUGAAACUUCAUGUAAUGGAAUUGAGAGUACUGAUCCAUAUGUGUGUAACUCAAGAGGUCAAUGUAAAACCUUUAACAAAUGUACUUGCAAUACUGCCCUAGGUUUCGGUGGAGACAAUUGUGAUAUUUUCUUGUGUGGUGGUGUUUUGGCUACUAGUGCAUCAGUUUGUUCUGGGCAUGGUGAGUGUACAGCACCAAAUACUUGUGCAUGUGCUGACCAUUAUUCAGGAACCUAUUGUGGAACUACAAGUUGUUUUGGAAUUUCGAGUGGAGAUUCGAGUGUUUGUUCUGGAAAUGGACGUUGUUCGUCUUAUGACACUUGUACUUGUAAAACUGGAUAUUAUGGAUCGGAUUGUUCCAAUUAUAAUUGUUAUGGAAUUAAUAAGGAUGAUUCAAAAGUUUGUGCUUCCCAUGGUGAAUGUAUAGAUUACAAUAAUUGUAAAUGCCAAGAUGGAUAUUUUGGUUCAGAUUGUUCCAUGACCAAAUGUUUUGGAAUUUUAAGUAAUUCUACAUUGGCAUGUUCAUCAAAGGGUACUUGUACAGCACUCGAUACCUGUACUUGUAUAUCAAAUUACACAGGUAGCCAAUGUCAAGAAACUACCUGUAAUAAUAUUCCUUCGACAGAUCCAAAUGUUUGUAAUGGACAUGGUAAAUGUUGGCCAUUAGAGACUUGUACAUGUAGUGCUUCAUCUGGAUAUACUGGAAACUAUUGUCAAUUACCUAUUUGUUAUGGCUAUUAUUCUACUCAUGCCUCAGCAUGUACUUCCCAAACAAGAGGACAAUGUAUUGCUCCAAAUAAUUGUUCUUGUGCAGAGCAUUAUUAUGGAACUAUUUGUGAAAAAACAACUUGUAAUGGUGGAGCUUCUGAUUACUUUUUAACUUGUUCUAAUCAUGGUUUGUGUACAGCAUUUAAUACAUGUACCUGCGCAUUUGGUUAUUCAGGAUCUGAUUGUGAACUUUAUGGAUGUAAUGGUAUAUCCAGUUUGUCAAAUAACACAUGUUCAGGUAAUGGAGUGUGUCGUGGGUAUAAUUGGUGCUCGUGCAAAAGUGGAUAUAUUGGAAAUUAUUGUCAAUUGACAAGUUGUAAUGGAAUUCAAAGCGACUCAGCAAGUGUUUGUUCUGGUAAGCACGGAGACUGUAUAGCUUAUGAAACAUGUGCCUGCCAUGAACAUUAUUGGGGAACUGAUUGUGAAUUCACCACGUGUAAUGGAACAGUCAACUCUAAUCUGACCUAUGUGUGUAGUGGACACGGAAAAUGUAAUGCCUACGAUAAGUGCACUUGUGAUUUUGAUUAUGAUGGUGACUGGUGUGAAAAUUACGUGUAUGACAAUUUUGCUGGUUACAGGGUUGCCAUAAAAGACAAUAUACGAAUUUCCUAUCAAAAAGAUUUGCCAUUUGCAGCAAAUGUUAACUCCUAUCCAUUUUAUAGAGUAGAUUCCACAAAAGGAGUACCUUAUUACGUUGGUAAUGCAAACUUUACUGAGGCACUCUCUACUCAACUCAUUCAUGAAAAGGCAAGCACACACUUUUAUAGAAAUUACAAAAUGGGUAGCUGUAAAUGGAUAUAUGAUAUCGAAAAUCCCUUUGUAGUUAGGAAUGGUGGUGUUUUUUGCUUAUCCUCCUCAAUGUAUCUUUCUCCAAGUAACAAAAUUGUAAUUAUUGGCCCAGAGCCUGUAAUUUUUAUUAUCCAAAGUGGGUACUUGACAUACAUUUAUCCAAAUAUAAUAUUUGCAGAAUGUGCUUCGUACAGAAAUUUAAUAUUUAUGGUUUGGAGUAGGAUAUAUGUUACUCGUUGGAAUGAUUGGACUGGUUGGUACUCUUAUUGGUCCACAGUAACUAGUGUAAUUACUGGUGGACCUUAUGGAUCUAAUUUACCACCUAUAUCUGCCACUUUCUUUGGUAUGGAUGGCUAUUUUGAGUUCCAUGGAAAGUUUGCUGGUUUAAUUGUGAACAGUAGAUAUAUUCAAUUCUAUGAUGUUAGUUUAGAAGAGCCUUAUUCUUUUGAUAGAUAUGAACCAUACAUUACAGAAGAGUGCCUUAAUUUGACCAAUUGCUUUAAUAUUUAUUCCAAUAAUGAAACUGUUUGUACAGGAAGAGGAAGUUGUAUAGAUUAUGACGUUUGCACUUGUAGAGAUAUUUCAUAUGGUAAAGAUUGUUCCAUUUCCAAGUGUAACGGAAUCAUGGGAAAUUUGACCAGUGUUUGUAGUGGACACGGAAAGUGUACAGAUCAUGACGUAUGCACAUGUGAUACUCACUAUUAUGGAGAGUGGUGUCAAUAUACAACUUGUAAUAUUUAUAAUAAUACGGAGCCAGAAGUUUGCAAUAGUCGUGGUGUAUGUCCACUCUAUAAUAAUUGUACUUGUGACUUAUCUUAUGGAUACACUGGAUAUGAUUGUGAAACACCAAUAUGUUACAAUUACACGGCCACAAAUUCUAAAGUUUGUUCUGGACAUGGUAGUUGUUACCUUCCAGAUUCUUGUAAUUGUAGUGAUUUAUAUUUUGGAGACAAUUGCGAGAAAACUUAUUGUUAUGGAAUUGAAUCCAAUUCCUCAAUGGUUUGUACUGCACGUGGUCGUUGUUGGCCUUACAAUACCUGUAAUUGUACAACAGGUUAUUAUGGCGUUUCAUGUGCUGAAUAUAAUUGUUUUGGUAUUAACAGAAAUAGCUCACUUGGCUGUAGUAAUAGAGGUACCUGUUCCAAUAUCAAUACAUGUGAUUGCAGAGAUGGAUAUUAUGGAUCCAAUUGUUCAGUUUCUAAAUGCUUUGGUGUGUUCAGUAAUUCAUCAUUGACAUGUAAUGGAUUGGGUACUUGUAAAAAUACUAAUAAUUGUACCUGUACCACAAAUUACUUUGGUUUAAACUGUAAUGAAACUUAUUGUAAUUCAGUCAAAUCAACCAAUAGUUCUGUAUGUACUGCACGUGGUCAAUGUUGGCCAUAUAAUAAUUGUACAUGUUCAACUGGUUACACUGGAUUAUGGUGCCAAAUUGGUAUCUGUUUUGGUGUGAAUGGAUCUAGUCCUUCAACUUGUAAUGGUCUAGGAUCAUGUUUAAGUUAUAAUAACUGUAAUUGUUCAAAGAAUUAUUAUGGAGAUAAUUGUAAUGUAACUACUUGUAGUGGAAUACUUUCUAAUAACACAAAAGUGUGCUCAGGAAGAGGUUCAUGUUGGCCUUAUAAUAAUUGCACUUGUAAGGCAGGAUAUUUUGGAUCUAAUUGUGAAUUGGAUUAUUUUGCUGGUUACAAAUUUGAAACCACCUAUACUGGACAAUAUAAAUUUACAGCAAGUGGUAAUUCUGUAAUCACAAAUACCACAACCACAGCCACAGGACAGAAUUUAGUUACCUCUUUGGGAAGGAGAAUUGCUGAACUUGCAGCAAUGCCUUGCACAUAUACUAUUUCAAAUCCAACAACUGAAUUAGGAAGAAAGAUCUUAGUUAGAAAUGGAGGAGUUUAUUGUAUUAGUAACAGUUGGACAAUUGAUGGACAAACUUUUACAAUUAUUGGUACUGAGCCAGUUGUUUUCAAAAUGAAUAAUCUCAAAUAUUCUAGUGCUAUUUUCAAUUAUAUUGAAUGUGCUUCUUAUAGAAAUGUAUUUUGGCUACCAAAUGAUGCAGUUGGCUACAGUAAUUUUACAGGUACAAUUCACGGCACGGUAAUUACAAGUAGUGCAAACAUUGAUUAUUGGAUUAAUGCAGCUGAUGUUCAAGGUGCUUUUUGGUUCUAUUCACCAACUUAUCAAGGAAAGACCUACCUUAAAGAUUCUAAAUUUGGAGUACCUUAUACAUUUGACCAAAGUGUAAUGACACUCGACAGCAAAUGUAAUUAUUUCACAUGCUUCAAUAUUACUUCCAACAAGAAUUCUACUUGUGCAGGAAAGGGUAAAUGUGUUGAUUUUGACACUUGUGUUUGUAAUCCAAAUACUUAUGGAAAAGAUUGUUCUAUUUCCAUUUGUAAUGGAACCUUUGGUAAUUACUCAACUGUAUGUAGUGGACAUGGUAGCUGUAUUUCACAAGACAAGUGUUCUUGUAGCUAUGGUCAUAAUGGUACUUGGUGUCAAUAUACUUCCUGUUCAGGAUUACCUGCCUCUUCACCACUUGUUUGUAGUCAACGUGGUGUAUGUGAAUUUUACAAUAAUUGCACUUGUAAUUCAACUCUGGGUUAUGGCGGACCUAAUUGUGAUACUCCGGUAUGUAAUGGAUUGGUUGGUUUAUGUAGUGGUCUUGGAAGAGGUCAAUGUCUCUCACCAAACACUUGUUCUUGUAAUGCACAUUAUUAUGGUGAAUUUUGUCAGUUUACAACCUGUUAUGGAAUUGAAUCUAACAAUGUUUCAAAAGUUUGUAGCGGAAGAGGAAUUUGUUCUGCAUAUAAUAAUUGUACAUGUAGAGCUGGUUUUAUUGGAAAUCAAUGUGAAUAUGAUGUGUUUGCCGGUUACAAACUUGUCAGUAAUCAACCUCCUUUGCUUCUCAAAAAUUCAAAGAUAAAUGCUCCGUUGGUUGCUGGUAUUGUUGUUCCUUCACAAAAAAUCAAUCCUCCAAGCUUAUUAUAUCCAGAUAAGGUUUAUCCCUACACUGCUCAAGGAAAUGCCAUUAUUACAACUCCUACAAGCGUUAAUGGUUCACUAAUCAUGAAAGAACUUUCAAAGAAAGUAGUUGAAUUACAGAACCUACCUUGUGAUUACAUUAUCAACAAGCCAGAUACGGAAAUGGGUCAAAAAAUUGUGAUUGAAUUUGGUGGAGUGUAUUGUUUCAAAAAUGGUUGGACAAUUAAUGGACAACAAUUUAUCAUUGUCGGAACUCAACCUGUUGUUUUCAAGGUUCCUUACUUGAAAUAUUUGGGAGCUACUUUCAAAUAUUUGAAAUGUGCAUCUUAUAGAAACGUUUUUUGGUUCCCUAAUUUCUAUGGAGUCGGUUUCACUGGUAAAUUACUAACCAAUACAUUUUCUGGAAAUGUUCAUGGAACAAUUGUUGCAAGAUAUGGUUAUGACUUUAUGAUUGCCGAUAAUAUUCAAGGAUCUAUUUGGUUCUAUACUACAGAAACUGGUUAUGUAACGUUGAAAGAAGCAAGAUUAAGUACUCCAAUCACUUUCAAUCCACUACUUCCAUAUGAACAAGAGGUUUGCAAUACUUUCACAUGUUAUGAAAUUGAAUCUAGUGCAAAUAAUACUUGCUCAGGAAGAGGUCGAUGUGUUGAUUACAAUAAUUGUCAAUGUUUGCCAAUGCUUAUG